CGACGCAGAAACCACUUCCUGUUUUAAAAAAGAGCAGCAAAAUACGCAAAUUUUCAAAAAAGAGGCUCUAAUUCCAACAUUAACCAAUAUGUUUACAUACGAGGCAUAAAUACUUUAAUACAGUGUGAUAUCCUAACGACAGUUCUUCCAAACAUGAAAAACAAUGGGACCAGCAGUAUGUUGUAAAGGAACAAGUUCCCAUAUAGACAGAAUUAUCUUUGUUAUGAUAGGAAAAUGUUAAAACGGUUUUACCAUGGAGAUAUGUGGGAAGAUGGAUACUUGUAUGAACACUAAGACAUUCUGGAAUGGAUAAUUCCGGUUUUGUAUCACUGAAUUUUAGUAUGAACGUUGCAAAUAGUCAGCCACAGUCCACGAGUCAGAUUCUGCAACAGUUACCUGGCAUUCAACAACUUUUCACCACCCAGAAUGCUUCAGUUAAACAGUCAGUUGCGCAACCUAAUGUUAUCCAACAGGCAGUUUUACCAGUCAAUAGUCCACAACAGGCUGGCAAUCCAACUGUCAUGGCUGCUCACACAGGUUUACAAUUUAUUGGACCACCAGCUGGGUUUUUGGGCCAACAACAGCAGCAGCAACAACAACAAUUGUUGGCUCAGCAGGCAGCUGCCCAGCAAAUGUUAGGACCACGAGGUAUAUACACUGCCAAUUAUCAAUUGAUGCCGAGGAAUUACACGUUAGUAAAUCAAGGGGUACAAGGUACCGGGGUCGCUGUUCAACUGAGUCCUCAGCAGCUAGGAAGCAACAUUGGUACAGCCACACUUUCUCCCCUUGAGCAGCAGCAACAGUUCUUACAGUCUGCGGGGUUUGAUCCCCAGAUAGCAGCUUUACAACAUAAUCAACAACAGAUCGCCUUCCAGAAUGCCACUGGUCAACUAAUGAUACAGAGUCCAACUCAACAAUUGAUGCUUCAAAGUCCAAACCAGCAGUUUGCAUUGCAAAGCCCUUCUCAGCAGUUUACUAUUCAAAAUCAGAACCAGUUUGCUGUGCAGAGUCCUAAUAUUGCACAGUUUACACCACAGCAUCAAUUGCUAUCAAAUGGUCAAGGUAACAACGUCUUGGUCCAAGGACAAAAUGGUGGAAUGAUUUUAAGUGAAAACUUCAUCACACAAGGACUGAAUCAAAAUGUGUUUAUGCAAAAUCCUGGAAUAGUUCAAAAUGUCAACCAACAAAUGUAUGGAAAUGCCCAGAAUAUCUUAUCUAAUCAGAUAACGGGCCUUCUUUCUCAAUCACAGGUAAUAACCAAUCAGAACAUGGGAAUUCUGUCUGUUAACCAAUCACCAACUGGAAAUGGAAACAUAGACAAUCUAACAAAAACAAACUCACAGAAUAAUAACCCAGGCAUAACGAAUCAACAGAUGCAACUUUUAGCACAUAUUGCAAAUCAAGGUGGUACAGACCUGAGUCAGAAUUUACAAAACCAACAGAAUAUGGCCAACUCCGCAAACCCUAACCAGUCUUUGCCAAGUUUUGGACAUUUUCUUUUACAUCACCAUAUGCAAAGUUUACCUCACCCUUUCCUUCAAAACCUUGGAUUGAACUCUAUUGGUGCCCAGCAGGCAGUAGUUUCAAAUGCUGCAAGUGACCAGAGUGUUAAUAGAAAUAUCAUAGGUGCUUCAAGCCAAACUGCCACUCUAUUGAAUCAAUGUGUUCCUAAUUUAAGUUCAAACGAAAACAGUAUGCAAGUGCGGACGGUUAGUGAUAACAAUAUCAACGCUGAGUUCAAUAACUGGAAUAUUGGGCAGUUUUCAAAUCAAGCAAGGGUUGUGAACAAUAUUUCAUUAUCAGGUGUACAAACAAAACAUUUAAAAGGUGUUGAGUUAAAGCCUGGUGUUCAAAAAAUGUGUUCUACAAAAACAACAGUGAGCACUGUUACAACAUCAAAUACAAUUUCAGCAGGUGUUGUGACAACACUGUCUAAUGUUCUCUCCAGAGUAACAUUGCCAUUGAAAGUUUGCACAAAUGAACUGAAAGGAAGCAUUUCUUUACAAGCUGCCAAUGUAUCAAAUACAGUAAAACAAAAUAUCUUGCAUGAGUUGAAGCCACAAGUAGAUUUGAGUGAAUCAAAUCAUGCAAGUGAUUCUGAUACAAAAACAAUCUUGGUGCCAAAUGGAUGGGUAAGAGCAUUAGAGGGAGAUUCCAUUGUUUAUUACAGUCCAACAUGUACAAGACUUACAUCAGCAGAAAGUGUUAAACAAUACUUGGUCACUGAUGGAACCUGUAAAUGUGGCCUGGAGUGUCCGUUUCAUAUUGACAGAGUGUUCAACUUUAGCAGUGAAGUUAUAAGUAUCAAAUGGACUCACUCCAGCAUAAAAGACACUGGCAAUUUGUGUAAUCAUAAGAGAAAAUAUUCAGCAUUGAGUGCAUGUCAGACGACUAGAGCUAGUGUAGGUUUGAGACCAGAUGUUUCCGUGGUUUCAAGCAGUGCAAUGAUGUCUCCACGUGUUUCAAGUACUGUACAAGAAAAUCAAGACUUAUACAUGAGCAAUAAAAAACAGAAAAUUGAGAGUAAGGUUGAAAACAGUGAUAAGAAGGCCGAAAAUACUGACACUGAGAAGAAACCAAAGUCUUUUCAUUCAGUUGAGUUACAGAAUGUACCAGGUGAUGAUAGUCAAAAUGGAAAGGGUGUGAAAUCAGUUGGUGGUAGUUCGGAUGACAAAAAUGCAAAAAAUAUUAUUUCAGAUAACAUUGUUAGUACAAGUUCAGUGGAUAAUAGUGGUGUUGAUGAAAGUGCAAGACCAGAUAAAUCAUUGGUGGAAAAAGAAUCAGUUGUGCUCCAGACUGAAAGUCAUACAAGUGAUCAGAUUGUCAAAACACCAAAAGUCCAUAAAACCAUUCCCAAACAGACUUUUGUAGUGAACUCGAGUGAUGUUCCAAAUACUGGUGUACUGACAGAAGCUACUAGUGUUAGCACAUUAUUAUCUAAAACAAUAGAGAGAAAAGUUUUAGAAGUGAUGAAAAAUGAAGUAGAUAUUCCAUGUGCAAGCAGUGAUGAAAAGAAUUCUCAAAGCGUGCAGUCUACAAAGUCAUCAGUGCAGUCAAAAUCAACCACUGACAAGAAGUUGUCUCCAGCAAAGUCUAAAAGUCCUGUUCGGUCUCAGUCAAGGUCCAGAUUAUCUUCUGGCCUCUCAUCUCCUGGGUCAGAAAGAAAUUCGUCUCGGUGUUCUGACAGAUCAUUGUCUCCGAGAAAUGACCAUGUCUUUUCCACAGAUAUGUUCACACACUUUAUGAACUUCUGUGGUGUUAAUCCAUCAGAGUUGCCACCAGUUUUCCAGCAAAAUUUUGUAAGAGUUCCAACUGUAAGUCCGUCAACAAAGAGUCCAGCAGUGCAAGAAAAUGUUCAGCAAAUACAUAACGCUCUGAAAGAGCGAAUGAAAUUACCUGUAUUACCACCGAAUCCACUGACACCUUUUCAGGCAAACGUUCUUGCAAAUUUGCAUAAAUUGUCUAGUCCACCAAAUCAACAAGUGUUCCCUCCAUUUAAUUUGCCGGGACUUGCUGGGAAUGUCCAUGGUAGUUAUCAGCAUGGUGCUAGUAUUAGUUCAAAAGGCAGCUCUCAAUCAGCUACAAAUGUCCGACCAUAUCCUCACCACCAAGGACCAGGGUUUCCUUUUAGUCCUAUGUUUACAUCUCUAGGUGCACCUCAUGCACAGAUGUCAAAUUUUGUUUGGUUGAGUCAAGAUGGAAAAAGUAAAAUUAAAAAAGGAAGGACCAAAAAGGCUGAAUGUGAAAAAGUUGAAGAUUUUUUUUACAGUGAUGUUCCACCACCAAAUGUUGAUGUCAGUCAGUUGAAAGAUAAAGGGCACGGUCCUAUUCCAAAACAGAAAAUAGCCUCUUUCCUUGACAAUCCAUCAGAAUUUCUCAAACAACAGACAGAACUUGUCAAUAACUCAAUAUCCUCUACCUGUACAAGUCCUGUUUUAGAUAAUAAAAGGACAGAAUCAGAAGAUGUGGAGAAGACAAGAUCCGACUCUGCCUGUUCAGAUAGGCUAAAUAGUCCAUUUAAACCUGAAAAAGAAGCAUAUGAUAAAGAUAGUACAAAAGCUACAAAGAAUCCUGAAAACGAGAAUGAACCUUCUAAGGUAUUGUCAGAAAAUGUUGCUACAGCUUCCAAUAGUAUUGUAAUUACAUCAACUGAAAAUGUAGUUGCUGUCUCAAAGGAUUGUAUUGUCUCUAAAACAUUGCCUGUCAUCCAAACUGUACCUGUUGCAAGUGCACCACCCACUCCUACAACAGUGGUUCACCAUACACCAGGAUCAUUGUCUUGCCAUCAGAUGUCUCUAAUUAAAGCCAGACAACAUGCACUUGGUAUUAAAGAGGGGAAACAGGAUCAUCUUCACAAAGGAAAUGUACUCAAUCCAAUUGCUGCCAUAUUAAAUGAUCCGACUAUAGGGCAAGUCUUUCAACAGAUGUUUCCAGAGGCAGUCCAAGAGGCUUUAAUGCAAUCUCUUGAAGUUCCUAAAUCAUCCAUUCAAUCUGUUGGGGAACAAAGUACAGCAUCAUUAAGUGCACCAAGAAUAUCAAGUGCAGCCCAUCUUCCAUCAGUACCGUCCUCGCUUCAUCAAGGAAGCAUUGAUAUGGUUCCUAUGGGAAUACAAAGACCAAAUUUCCCUAUCCAGGAACUACUGAAUAAUCUAUCACAAGGAGAGUUUCCAGCCAGUUCUUUAUUAUCCGCAGCAGCAAAGGCGCAGAUAACACAACAGAAUCAUUUAGGCAUGCUAAUGACGCAUCCGUUUGAUCCCCUGUCUGCAAGAUUGUUACCUGUUCAUAGUGAAACUGUUACAACAGCUUUGACCACAAAUGCCUGUGGAAUGCAAACAGUGCCUGCUACAGAUAACAAUAAAUUGCAACAACCAGUAUCUUCUGUCCUCGGGAAAACUUCUAUUGCAAACAUUGCUACAAAUUCAAAUGUAUGUGUUAGUUCUGCAGAGAAGCCAAAAUCUAAAUCUGGUGCACCAAAAAUUUCAGAACUGUUAAAUAGGAGUGAUUCCAGUAAACGCCAUGAAGUAGAUAUGUUUAAUAUGAUUCAGCAGUUACAAAGACAAGGUAAUAAUGUUAAUCCUGGGCAUAUUUCUCUGCCAGAAAUAGCUAAAGUUGGUCAAGUAUUACCACAUCAGCUGCCAACACAUAGUCAAGCGAAUCAAAAUCCUGCAUCUCAAGACAUAGACAAUUCAACAUUAGUUACACCUGUUGUCAGUCAGCAUCCAACAUUACUUGAUACACAACUUCUUCAGAUGUAUAAUGCGCUUGGGUUUUCCUUACAGAAUGUUACACAACAUAAACAGCAUUUAGUAGGAUCUGAUACAAGUUUAGACUCAUCAAAUCCUUCAUUGAAUCAGCAUCAGAUACUUAAUACACAGUUACAGCCUUCUUCCAUAUCUGCUUCAAGUGUUCCACUAUUACUGAGACAGCAAGAUCAAGGCAAUGGUAACAUAUCAAAUGCACAAACCUUCGUACCUUUACUUGGCAAUGCACAUGCAGCCACACAGUUGUUGAAUCUUCAAGGUGUACAUCCUCCUCAAAAUGUAAAUGAACUUCUUCAGCAACAGCCUUCUUAUGGUGGAAACAACUCGACUCCACAAAACAAUAAUUUUAAUCUGCAACAAUUACCACCAAACCAUUCUGUUAGUAUACCUAAUACAGGUGUUGAUCCUACUCAAAAUCCUCUUCUUAUUGGCAAUCAUUUGACAAUAAAUCCAAACACACAAGCGGUUAUGAACAUGUUAAACAUCCAACAUUCCAUAGGAAAUGGGACAAAUCUAACAGCUAUGCAGUUACAAACACUACAGCUACAGCAGCAGCUACUGCAACAAUUGCAGCAAGUUCAAGGAAUGCAAAAUCUUAUAAGUCAAUUUAAUUUACAGAACAUAGGUGUGAACAAUAGUUCUACUGUUGAAAGAAAGCAAGCAAAUGCAGUUGCUAGUGCCAAUAUAGGAAAUGAUGCAGUUGUACCAGACCUGUCUAGAAAUGAUGUUGCAGGUGCACCAGUUUCAUCUGGGACAUCAAAUAUGGAAGUUAAUGUGCAAACCUCAAAUGAUGUUAAUAGUGAGGCAGUGGUAACAGGUGGUAAUGAAGAGAUUACACUGAGAAAAUGUAGCACAACAAGAGUGAUAGCAGCUGCUGAUACUACUGAAGAUUGUACAUCAACAACUAAAACUGUUGAUAUAGGCACUGAAACAGAUGCUAUAGAGGAAGACAAUUCUGAAGUUCAGUCUGAAUAUGAAGAUGACCCGGAUCAUAAUAUUAGUAAUGCAUCUCAAUCUGACAUGGAAUCUGAGUCAGGUGACGUAACAUCUCUUAUGUCAACUUCAAAAGAUGUUUCUAGUAAUAUCUCAGCUGUAACUAGUUUACCUGUUGUAAGAACAUCAAGCUUGAAUACAUGUUUAGCAAUAGCAACACAAAAGGGCACAACUAGAUCUAGCGAAUUGGAGUCCAGGUUGCUUGGAGAAAAAUCUAGUCUUGCUAGAAGUCAGAAUCUGUCAGCUGAGUUGACUAAACCAAGUGGAAAUGAGUUAAAACUUAAGAUAAAGAGAAAACGAUUGUUAGAGUCCUCCGUGGAAAGAGCUGUAGAGAGUGCAAAGAAGUUUAAAUCUAAAGACAAGAAGGAAGAACAAAUUUUGUUUGAGAAGAAAGAAUUGCGAUCGUCAACUCAAGCAGCAACAAAAGCAUCUUCAUCAUUGGCAGCUGUAACAAGUAAAGGUAAAGAUGCCAGUAGAAUGAAGGAAAUGCAGCUGGAUGUUAAGUCUCAAUUAAAACAAGAUGAAAGUGAAAGUGAACCUAAACCUUCAUGUUCAAAUGAACUUGGUGUUAUCAAAGAAAUCCAAAGUAAAGCACAAUUGUUUAAGGAAUGCCUGGAAUGUGAUUCUUCCGUCGAUUCUGAAAACAGCUCACACAAUUUAGAUAUAACAAGUAGUGCAGAAGAAACUGUGAACAAAGACAAUCUUACAAGCCGUAUUGCAGCAGCAUUAUCCAGUCAGAAAGGACAGUGGCAGUUGUCAUGCCUCAAGAUGAAUUUAUUACAUGUACCAGAACGUGUUACAGAUCCAAAGGCAAACAAUAUGGAUGGGUUAACAUGCGAUACAGAGCAACAACAAGAGGAUGAUGUUACUUCUAAAGAUAACAUUGGAGGAAACAAUGAUGGUAGUCAAGAAAAGCAGGCAAUACACCCAAGGUCAUUCAGUACUGGGGAUCUUGUGUGGGGACAAAUACGUGGAUUUCCAUCCUGGCCUGGCAAACUUGUUGACAAUACUGAAUCAAAGUGUGGAGAUGAAAUAGAAGGAAAAGUAUAUGUAAAAUGGUUUGGUGAUAACACUGUGACCCAGGUUGAACCAAGUAAAUUGAAGACCCUGUCUGAAGGACUUGAAGCUCACCAUAAAGCAAGAAAAAAACACAGGAGGGGACGGAAAAUGAACAGUAAUCUGGAGCAAGCUAUACAUCAAGCCAUGGCUGAACUAGACAAGAAAGAUUUUACACCAAGUGAGAGUAAGGAAACUAGUAAAUCGGACAAGAUAGUUAAACAAGUUAAAGUUAAACAGAAAAAGAUGUGAACUAUGACUUUCUUGAUAAAA